CUAUAUAACCGAGCAUUUCAUUAUAACAGGAGUUCCAACUGGACCGUUAAUGCGAACUUACCCGGACAAGCAAUGCGACAUCCAAUUCCCAUCAACUGCCUGGCAGAUCAUGUGGCCCGAUUGACUGCAGCAGACAAUCUGCUAUUCUCUCAAGAGUAUGAGUCGAUUGAAACGGAGCAACAGUUUACAUGGGAACACUCCAAUCUGGAAGUGAAUAAACCGAAAAAUCGAUACGCUAAUGUGAUUGCUUAUGAUCAUUCGCGUGUAAUUUUGCAGUCGAUUGACUGUGUCCCUGGGUCAGAUUACAUCAAUGCAAAUUAUAUUGAUGGUUACAAGCGACCGAAUGCGUACAUUGCGACCCAGGGUCCGAUGCCUGAAACAUAUUCGGACUUUUGGCGCAUGAUUUGGGAACAGCGUGUGUUCAUUAUUGUGAUGAUGACUCGUUUGGAGGAAAGAUCCCGUGUGAAAUGUGAUCAGUACUGGCCAACCCGUGGACCGGAGUCGUAUGCAAGCGGUCUGUUGACGGUCACCCCGGUGGAUACAAUCGAACUGGCCUAUUAUACCAUACGCACGUUC